AGCGAUCAUGGCAACAAUUCUGAUUCUCUGUCUCGUAUGCCUGAACAUUGGAGUCGCGGUACCUCAAAACAAAACUAACAGUCUAGGCUAUUACUUGAACAAGUGCGUAACCUUGCCAGUUGAAGGGGCCAGUAAGACGAGACCGUCCCCCGAACCCGGACUGGAGUGCCCAAGUUUCCGAAAAAGAUCCUGCUGUUAUGUGAAUGCAGUUGCAAAUAUCUUGGAGAACCAUGUGUGGAAUGAGAUGAUCACUUACAUGCACUGUCCUCAGAAACCACGCCUUUCCCCGGAGUGUGAGAGACUAACCUUUGAGCAGUCUUGCUUCUAUGCCUGCUCACCAAAUCUGGGACCAUGGAUCUAUAGAUAUCUCCAUUUUGAUGCCCUCGAUAAUGCGCCUCUUUGUGCCAGUCAGUGUAACAAGUGGUGGGACGCCUGUAAAGAGGAAUAUACUUGUCACAGGAACUGGAUUACUGACAUGGACUGGAACGGGUUGAACACCUGCAAAGAGGGCUCGGUGUGUAGGAAGUACACAGAGUUUUAUAAUUCAUCCACCGACUUCUGCAGCACUGUUUUCAAUGGCGCCUACAAGGUGGUGCCAGACUCGGAACCCUGCAUGGUGUUCACCUUCGACACCUCGAAACCCAACCCGAAUACAGCCGUGGCCCUUGAAGCUGCGAAGAAAUUGGUUUCACAGGAGGCCAAUGGCAAGGUCAACUGAGGCCGGAGAUCCUCCCACAGACCGACCCAGUAUCCCUUUGCUUGUUCACGUAGUAUGCAAAAUAAUGUAAUGAAGUGCAGAGUAGUGUUGAAAUUGAAAGAAACAAGGCAGAAAAGCUGUUAAAUUUAUAGACAUAAAAAAAAUGCAGAAAAUAGGUCAUUUUGUCAAUUUUGAUGCAAUGAUAAAUAAUGCUUAUUAUAGUGCAGUCAAUCAAGACUGGAUUUAAAUCAUGCACAACAGGUAACAUGGUCAAUAACAGGAGCGGAUCCAGAGAUAUUUUCUGAUAGUAUUUCAAAUUAUUUUUUGUCAAUUUUGAUGCGAAAUAACACAAUGAUUAACUAGAAAAUAAUACCUGUUACUUCACAGCAAGAACUUUCUAAAUUUGAUUUUGAAUGGUCAAUGUCCGCCUAGUAUAUUCAUGCAAUUUUGUAGCUGAAAUCAUGUGAAGAUGGAGAUAUAUGCAAUUAAAGAUGGUAGUGCCGAAUUCGGACUUUGGGGGAGGGAGUGUUAUAAUAAA